CAGAUCAUCAGGAUGUUCAUUAUUGUUUUGCCUCUGUAAAGGCAGCAAGAGAAUUUGCAGCCCUAUUUCCGACCUUUUCAGUAAUUGUGUCACAAGAUGAUGAAGCCAAGGUUCCCCUCGGCAUUUCUGCAGUUGGAAAAAGUUUUAAAGCUAUACAAAGUUACAAUGAACCAGUUACUAUUCCGAACCAUGACUUUCCUGUUGGUUUACAACAGAAACUUACUCUAUCUGUCCGCUUUGUAGAUGGGGGCCCUGAUGAAAAUCCUCAUUAUCUGAAAAAUAUCAUCCAAUAUUGUGAUAUCUUUUGCUCUUUCAACCUCGAUUAUUUGACUCUUAGAACUCAUGCUCCAGGUCAUUCAGCAUACAACCCUGUUGAAAGGAGUAUAGCAUCCCUUUCAACAAAACUAGCAGCUAUAGUCCUGCCUAUUAACAAAUAUGGUACUCAUCUUGACUCACAGGGUAAAGUUGUUGACCUGGAGCUAGCAGAAAAAAAUUUUAAAUAUGUGGGUAACCUUCUCUAUAACCUGUGGAAUAAGGAUAAAAUAUUCGGAAAGCUAGUUAUGACUGAAUACGUUAAUACGAUAAGUACCCCAGCUUCAGAUAUAUCUUGGGAAUGGAUAGAGAUCCAUGCAAGAAUCUGCAGAUACUCUUUAGAUGUAAAGAAAUGUAAUAAUAUCAAAUGUUGCUCCUCUAAAAGGUGCGAGGAGGCUGGUAACCUUCUUGCUUCAAAUAAUGGUUUUAUCACCCUUUUAGUAAUGGGGAAAGACAGCCACUAUAUUAAUUUGAUACAUCUAUUAGAGUAUCUUGACAAGGAAAAAAUACCGAGGUAUGACCAACAUUGCCUCUUCAUAGCUGAUAAUUAUAUAAAAUACACCUGUUCUAUUUGUGGGAAAUAUUUCCCGACAAUUUCGAUGGUUCUUGAUCACAAAAAAAACCAACAUUUAAAAGAAGCCUGUGGACCUGGAAGGCCAAAAAAUGAUGAGACAAUGGCAAAAGAAGUCCGUCUUACUAAAUGUGGACCUGGAAGGCCAAAAAAAACUGAAACGGCAAAAAAGCAAAAAACCAAAUAA